AUGGCUUUUUCCAACUUCAAAUCUAAUCCCAUACAAUCUCGAGUCCUUUCUUCAGCAAUCUUGAUUACUUCUCUCUUGCUACAAUACCACAAUGUCGAGUCACAAGCGUCACCAACACGAUCAGAAAACGUUGCUUUCAGCAUAACACAAUUCGAGGAAGAAAAUAUUGACAUACUUACAAGGGGUGAUGCUACAAUCUCCGGAGGCAUUCUAAGACUAACAAAAACUGACCAAUAUGGUAAACCACUCCCUAAUAGCGUUGGACGUGCAACAUAUGCCACACCGAUUCACAUUUGGGAUAAAACCAGUGGAGAACUAGCUGAUUUCUCCACUGGUUUCUCCUUCAUCGUGAACACAAAUGAUGAACCACUUCAUGGAGAUGGAUUUGCUUUCUUUAUAGGACCGGUUCAUUCUGACUUACCAAAAAAUUCAAGCGGAGGGUAUCUUGGUCUUUUCAACCCUGAAACCGCACAUAUUCCAUCGAAAAAUCCUAUACUAGCUAUUGAGUUUGAUGGUUUUACAAAUGUGUGGGAUCCUCCUUCAUCGUAUCAAUCUCCUCACAUUGGGAUUGAUAUUGGGUCUAUUGAUUCAGUUGCAUAUACACAAUGGCCUAUUAAUUUUGUGCAAAAAAAUCCUAUAGGAGAAGCUAGUAUAAACUAUAACUCUGAGUCUAAAAGCUUGAGUGUGUUUGUGGAUUAUCCUGGGACUGAGUGGAAUUCAACUCAUGUCUCAUUUGUUGUCGAUUUGAGAAGUGUUCUGCCUGAAUGGGUUAGAGUUGGAUUCUCUGCUGCUACGGGACAAUUGGUUGAAACACAUGAGAUAAUUAAUUGGUCUUUUGAAUCAUCUUUGUAA